GUGAAUCGCUCGCAGAUGUCGCUGAUGGAUAAAGCGCCAGGAACGUUAAUGGAGCGCAGAGGCGGAGCGGAGUUCAGUUGGAAAUGGCUCUCUCCAGAGGUUUGAGAUGCUGUCAGAGGGUUUUCUCCUGGAUCCCUGUCCUCAUUAUCACCGCCGUUGUGCUCUGGUCUUAUUAUGCUUAUGUGUUUGAGCUGUGUCUUUUUACAAUCAGUAACACACUGGAGAAAGUGGUAUAUCUGCUGGUGUUUCAUGUCUGCUUUGGGAUGUUCUCCUGGACAUACUGGAAGUCCAUAUUCAGCCCUCCUGCCACACCAUGCAAAAAGUUCCAGCUGUCAUACUCAGACAAGCAACGAUACGAGAUGGAGGAGAGGCCAGACGCUCAGAAGCAAAUCCUCAUCGAGAUUGCAAAGAAAUUACCCAUUUUCACCCGAGCCCAAUCUGGAGCUAUCAGGUUCUGUGACCGCUGCCAGGUACUGAAGCCUGACCGCUGUCACCACUGCUCCGUUUGUGAAACGUGCGUCUUAAAGAUGGACCAUCACUGUCCCUGGGUUAACAACUGUGUUGGUUUUUCCAACUACAAGUUUUUCCUACUUUUCCUUGCCUACUCUAUGCUAUACUGUAUAUUCAUCACAGCAACAGUCCUUCAGUAUUUCCUCAAAUUCUGGGUGGGGGCCCUGCCAAAUGAACCUGCAAAGUUCCAUAUACUCUUCCUCAUGUUUGUGGCACUCAUGUUCUUCGUCAGUCUCAUGUUUCUCUUCAGUUACCACUGUUGGCUAGUGGCAAAAAACAAAUCCACUUUAGAGGCCUUCUCAGCUCCAGUGUUUGUCAGUGGGCCCGACAGAAACGGGUUCAAUCUUGGCCUACACAAAAACCUGCUGCAUGUGUUUGGAGAAGACCGAAAACUGUGGUUCAUCCCUGUUUUCACAAGCCAAGGGAACGGUCACUACUUCCCUCUACGGAGUCCGAGCUCUGAAUCCCGUAACCUCUUGUUAGCUAACGAGGACAUGUGGGAUGAGUCAGAUGAUGGGUCAGAAGGAGACCUGGUGGAGGACGCAGACCCCUCUGUUACCAUUGAGAUGGAGGAUUAAUCUGCACACGCACAGAUAAUGUUGACUUUCAUCACACACACACUUCAUUAUGAGGUGUUUGCAUUCCAGAUCAUGUGGAAGUUGGGAUACGCUGAGGGUGAGUGGACGACCACCUGCAUUGGGACUUAUAUUGCCAAUUUUCCCUUAAAGUUUUACAUAAUGAUGAGCAAAGGAACUCUAAACAGAUUACAAUAACGGUUUUAUUUAGGAACAUAUCGCCUCAGUACGAUGGAAAUGUUAUUUAUUAUUGAUUUGUUGGUGUUGCUGAGGAAGCUGGAAGUGUCCGUGUGUUACAGUGCUUUUUUACAUGCCUCUGUUUCACAGCUGGGUUGAGUUUACAGUAUUGCACCUUAUGAAUCCUUCUCUGCAGGAGUGGGUAAUAAAACUCACACACUAAAGCCUGCAGAGGUCAGUUUGAUCUUUUUCCACCUGAUUGACCUGCGCCUUCCAUUAAGUAUUCCUGUGUGUUUUGGGGACAUUUUCUCUUGAGAAUGUAUCCACCUCAUCAUCCUUUCCGGUUGAAGCAUGGUGUCAAUGAUUAGGGCAUAAAUCUGAGGAAAGUGUUUGUCUGAGCUGUAAAGUCAAUAACACAUCUGAUCAGACAUAUCGUACUAAACAAGCACUGAUUAAGCUCAGAUCAGUUUUAUUACAAGCUUAAUAUAAUUUUUAUUAUUUUUGUAGGAAGUAAUAUCCUGUAUAUCAUGACUUAAAUGCCGGUGACUAAAAUCUGGGGUGUGCUUAUUGGACAUGGCUGCUGUGAUUACCCUCAUUCACUCAUAUCAGUUAUCAUCAGUCAAGUUACUGUGCAAAUGUAUUAAACCUGUCCUUGCCAACUGGCUGAUAGUGGAUGAUGAUCUUCUACUUUAUGUAGAUUUUUUUUUUUAUCUUUGUAAAAUUGUAAUACCAUUUGAAGAACAUUGCUGGAUGUUGUCUGUUACGCUUAAUUUCUGUAACUAAACCUUAAUUAUGCUGUUGGAUCCGGACACUUUAAAAUGCUUCCCAGUUGGUUAACCCAUAUCCAGUGUUACUCCAGUCUGAGAAAUAAUUGUUUUAUUCAUUUUUGUUUUAGGUGUGGGUAAAGUUUAAGGGUAAAUGUUAAGUGUAUCAUAUAGUCUUGUCUAUUUGUUAAAAUUUGUUUUUUCCUGUUUAUUGGUUCUGAUUUAUAUCUGCUGCAGGCAGUAUCUGUAUAUUUUGUGGCAAACUUUAAAGCAGCGUGCUUUUAUCAAACUAUAUAUAUAUAUAUAUAUAUAUAUACAUACAUAUAUAGAUUAUUUGCAUUGAGGAGGGAAAUUUAAUCUUGUUAGAGUACAUGUGGUUCCUUUUUCUUUAACUGUAUUUAGAGUAUGAAUGGUGCUUCCUUUUUUUAACCACUUCAGACCUACAAAAAAAACCUCAAUACACUUUCAUUUAUCUUGCCUGUAAACAAACAAAAAUCUUUAUUGAUCCAUCACUUGAUACAAUGCAAAAUAAAAUGAGUCAUGUUUUAA